AUCCUCCCGCCUAUAAAUCCUCACUCCCCCACCCUUCCCUUAUAUAGUCAUCGAUCGUUAUAUAAUACACAGCACUGCUCCCUCCCUCCCUUUUAUCCAUAAGCACUCAUCUUCAUCACCUCUUCUGCAUAAUUGACAAGUCUCCUAUAUAUUUCUCAGGUACCCUCUUUUAGAUUCCUUCUUCUCACUAGCUACCAUUUCCGGGCUUCCGAAAACAUCCGGUUGCGGUAUAUAUGGAAUCUGAAUCAGAGCAGACAAAGUGCAGAAAACCCACUUCAGUUACCGCCAGAGUGAUCAGUCCCGUGAAAACUCUAUCACAAUGGUCCUGCAGAAUUCCUGUAUACAGGUGAAAGAUACCACGGAAUUCUCUAAGUAGACGACUUCAUUUCCGGAGAACGAGUUGUCCCCUCAGACAAACUGUUAGUUCAUCCCUUUACUAAAAUGCCGGGCUUCAUCGCUGGAAAGAAGAGAUGUGCUUCGGCGCCCUUUUGUUUCUCAGAUUCAUUUGAUCAGAGCACUGCAAAAGGGAGCACAUCUUUGUCAUCUAAAAUUUCUGAUGAUGCAAACGGUCCAAUUCUACCUGGUUUGCCGGAUGACGUGGCAAAAGUCUGCCUUGCUCUUCUUCCUCGCUCCGACAUCCCAUUGAUGGGAGCUGUCUGCAAGAAGUGGAGGUCGUUCCUCCGAAGCCAAGAGUUCUUUAUUACACGAAAACAAGCCGGGAUGCUCGAGGAGUGGAUCUACCUACUUGUUACUGACGAGGAAGGAAAGAAGAGUCACUGGGAGGUUUUGGAUUGUCUCGGAGAUAAGCAGAGGCGACCUCCUCCUAUGCCUUGUCCAGCUAAGGCCGGUUUUGGGGUUGUAGCUCUUGAUGGGAAGCUUUAUGUAGUCGGUGGCUAUUCCAUGCUGAAUGGAACUAAGGCGGCCUCAACCGAAGUUUACCAAUACGACACUUGCCUAAACAGUUGGAGAAAACUUGCAAACCUGAACGUGGCUCGGUAUGACUUCGCCUGUGCCGAAGUGAAUGGAAUGAUCUAUGCAGUCGGAGGGUACAGGGUUGAAGGUGAAAGUCUCUCUAGCGCCGAAGUCUACAGCCCGGAGACUAACAAGUGGACCACGAUAGAGUCACUGAGGCGUCCUCGGAGGGGAAGUUUUGGGUUUGGCUUUGAGAAGAAGCUCUACGUAAUGGGAGGGAGAUCGAGCUUCACAAUCGGGAACUCAAGGUCUGUUGAUAUUUACAAUGCUGAGAGAAAGGAAUGGUGCGAGAUGAAGAACGGGUGCGUCAUGGUCACUACCCAUGCCGUGAUCGGGAAGAAGCUCUUCUGCGUGGAGUGGAAAAAUCAGAGGAAACUUGCCAUGUUCUACUCCGAGGACAGGUCAUGGAGCAAAGAGCCUAUUCCCUUAACUGGGAGCUCCAACGUCGAGUUUAGGUUUGGUAUUUUGGGCGGGAAACUGCUUUUGUUCUCUCACAAGAAGGCUCCUUGGUAUGCCACAUUGGUGUAUGAUCCGGCGGCGGCUCCGGGCUCUGAGUGGCGGACUUGCAAGAUAAAGCCGUCCGGCGAGUGUCUGUUGAGCGUUACUAUACAGGCAUGAGACGAGCUGGGUACUUUAUGUUGGGGCUUGAAGUUGACGAGGACGAGGACGAAUUGAAAUUUACCUUGUAAAUACAAUCUCUUUUGUAAUGUACAUGAAUUUCUUAAGAAAACAACAAUUAUGUGUGUAAUUUGUGAAGGAUGGUUUACUUUUGCUAGACAUUUUUGUCAUUUAAUCGAGUCACCGUGUCACGCAUCAAUAACCUUUGGACGUCAAAAAAAGGAAUUUUAGUUGCAAUAACAUUAGUUUUUGAUGCGAGAUUAACA